AUGCCUACUGCUGAGGAACAAGAUAAGUUGUGGGGGCAGGUUGUUACGGAGUUGGGGGCAAUGGUACAGGGAUACUAUCAUGGUAAUCGAGGAUCAUCGGUGUUUGUUAUAGGAGGCGAGAACCCUACUUUCGCGGAUGUGUUCCUCACUGCAUUCCUUUGGUGGAUUAGGACGGUGUUUGGGGAAGGUGGCACGGAAUGGAGGAAAAUCACGGAAUUGGGAGAAGGAAGGGUUGGAAAAUUGUAUGAGGAGACGAUAACACUGUGUGGUAAGAAAGAGACAUAG